AUGGGAAAUGGUCAAGUAGAAACAGCUUGUUUAAAUACACGACAAACCUGUAGCUAUAACAAUCUGCAAGAUUAUUUGAAAUCAAUUCGCGACAUAAAGAAUGUAAAAAUUCAAAAAAUUGCACGAUCUCAAACUGGUCAUGGUGUUUAUGUCGUAAAUCUUACGUCCAACGAUGAAGAAGAGAUUCGGCACUACAGUAAUUUGACGGAUACUAAUACUACAAAAAUAAAAAAGAUCACAGUUUGGAUUGAUGGUGUGAUAAAUCCAACCGAUUGGGUAUCUUUGCCUGCUUGUGUAUAUAUUUUGGAGCAGUUAAUUCAUCCUGGUAUAGAAGAUCUGGAUCUUCGAAGUGGAAUAGAUUGGUAUAUUGCGCCUUUGUGCAACCCAUCUGGUUAUGAGUUUUCAAGAACCGUAAGUAAAUCGGGAGUGUUCACUCUGUAA